UUCAAUUUGCAAGACGUAAGCUUAAUGUUCUUCAUGUUUAUAGAAAAUGCUAGAUUAACUGUUUCUACUGCACCAGUCCAAGAGUUAUUUAAGGACAAAAAUAAAAAAUUUGAUGCCAUUAUCGCAGAAUGGAUGUUCUCAGAGCUGUAUGCGGGUAUACAAGCUAUCUACGAGUGCCCAAUGAUCUGGCUCUCAACUGUAGAUCCGCAUUGGAUGGUGCUUAAGUUAAUAGAUGAUCUACCCAACCCAGCAUAUAUCACGGAUGGUUUAUCUGCUAAUAUUCCUCCAUUUACCUUCUUGCAGCGGUUACGAGAGUUAUAUUAUCAGCUAGCUGGACAAUACGAGCAAUAUUGGCUCACGUAUGGUAUGGAACAAAAAUACUACGAAGAAUAUAUUAUACCCCAUAUAAGAGAUAAGAGCAAACCAGUGCCUACGUUGGAAACUUUGAGAUACAAUGCGUCUUUGAUGCUGGGUAACUCUCACCCGUCAAUGGGAGGGGCUACCCAAUUACCUCAGAGUUACAAGCCAAUUGGAGGUUACCAUAUUGAUACGAACGUUAAACCUCUGCCAGAGAAUCUCAAGAAGAUCAUGGAUAAUGCCAAACACGGAGUAAUUUACUUCAGUAUGGGUUCCAAUUUGCGAAGUGAAAAAUUUCCAAAGGAGCUGAAAGAAGGAAUUCUUAAGGUUUUGGGAGAGUUGAAACAGACUGUUAUAUGGAAAUUUGGAGAAGACCUACCGAAUCGUCCGAAGAAUGUCCACAUUGUGAAAUGGGCACCGCAGCCAAGCAUUUUGGCUCAUCCUAACUGCGUGUUAUUCAUCACUCAUGGUGGUCUCCUAUCGACCACCGAAGCCAUCCACUUUGGUGUUCCCAUCGUCGGCAUCCCAGUGUUUGCUGACCAGUUCACUAAUAUCCAACUCGCUGUGAACAAGGGAUUUGCGAAGAAAGUAACGCUCUCGUAUACCAUGACUAAGGAACUUAAAGAGCAGGUUGAGAGCAUUUUGAGCGAUCCCAAAUAUGCCGCAAAGGCAAAGGAAUUAUCGCUAAUUUACCACGACCGUCCAGUGAAACCUGGCGAUGAGCUGGUGCACUGGGUAGAACACGUGGUAAAGACAAAUGGCGCGCCGCAUCUGCGCUCUCCCGCACUUAUGGUGCCCUGGUACCAAAAGCUCUAUCUAGACCUGCUUGCUACUAUUCUAGCAGUUCUUAUAACAGUUAUGUAUAUAUUAAAGAAAUUGUAUAGAAGCAUUUUCAAAAAAUCUGGCAAAAAUAUAGGUUCUAAGAAAAGAAAUUAA